AUAAAAUCUAACUAAUACUAAAAAGGAUAUAUGAGCCUCAGCUAGCCUAUCCACGUAUGCAAAUUAAAUCCACCUAUCAGAAUAUAGUUUACUGCCACAUCAUUUAUAUAAAACAAAAGAUAAUUCGACUAGGCCAACUAAUGUGAUAGGACAAAAAGAUAAAAACGGCAUAUUUGAUAGAGCCCAUCUCUUAGCCUAACACAUUGCUCGUAACAAUUGUCACCGACUUUUCCAUUUCACCUUCAUCGUUCCAAAUCUCCGUUUCACUGUAAUAAUCAGACCCCCACUCUUCUUAUUCAAUACCUCUUUACUUCUUUCUUCAUUAGAGAUGUUAACGUUUCAACUCCUUUGGUUUCUCCUCUUAUAUAACCCCUUCGUUCUACAACAUCCAGAGAAUGACGACAACCGAUUCGGUCCAAACCUGUGGCAAGUCUGGUGAGAUUACGAAUCUCACGACUCAACAGUCCAUCGAGUGAUGCUCGAGCCGUACGCAGUUUACCACGAGCUUUACGAACCGGAUUUGAGUUGAGGUGUGGCAGAUAUGAGACGGAAGCGAGCCGUUGAGUCCAUUGGAGGAAAUAUCAAGACUUUGCAUCUGAGGGACAUCCAAGAAGGAGGAAGUGAAAACGCCUUUGUAGGGGGGGGAUUUAAGAAAGAAGACAGACAAGAAGUUACUAUUGUACAGGUUGUCUGCAACAAGUUCAACUGUAUCACCAUUGUUAAAGGAGUUGAACUUUUUGCUGAAGCCAACGUGUUUGCAUCGUCUUUUGUGGAUGCGACUGUUGCAGUUUGGGAUGUCGGAGUUGGGAAGUCGCAUGCAUUAGCUUUCAAGGCACAAAAAGAUGUGAAUGUUAUCUCAUGGAACAGAUUCUUUUGCCAGGAUGGAAUGCUCUGGUAUCACAUUUUGAGAAGCAUAAGCAUCCUACCACGUCAAUUGAGUAAGGCGCUCAUGAAUCCUCAACUCUUGCAGCCUCUUCUGGCGAUAAUCAGCUCACGAUAUGGAAUUUAUCCUUAGAGAAGGAUGAAGAAGAGAAGCAGAGUUCAAAGCAUAUAACAAGUAACAACUGAACAAGUUAAAACGCCUCAAGACUUGCCUUCUUAGCUUCCUUUCACCAGUUUUUUUUCCAAGAAAAUCAGGGACAAGGACUUGAAGGAACUUCUCUGGUACAACCAGAUUCCAGGGAUGAUCAUCUCAAUUGCUUCUGAUGGUUUUAAUAGUUUUGAUGCCUUACAACAUGUAGAACACCCUUCCUGAUCUUGGUUCCUAAGAAGAUUGAGUCUCUGAAAAAUUUCAUGUAUUGUAAUCUCUUGGGUUUUGUAUUGUCAUCUCUCUUUUCUACUGAAGUUUCCUUUCAUUGAUAGCAAGUUUUAUGAAUUGUACUCUUUCACAACUUAACGUUUCACUAAUAAGUUUUGAAAAUAUUCUCAUCUCUACGAGUUUCUAUUA